UGGGCUGGGCUGGGCUGGGCUAGUUGUUUAAGCCAGUCGUUGCUCAGACUACAAGUUCGGCCCAAAAUUUGGACCUAGCUCAGAUACAAGGAGGACGCUCUAGGUUUAUGUUUAAAACCACUGCGAUAAAAACCCUAGGCAUCUCUUUUCUCAUCUCCUUCAGGCCGCCCUACAACCCAUUGGAGCUCCAGAAAUCCUCUGCAGUCUUUUAUCAGAGAGUAGAGAUGGCCGAAGAAGCUAAGGUAGCCGCUAUUGUUCCCGAGUCUGUUUUGAAGAAGAGGAAGAGAAAUGACGAGUGGGCUUUGGCAAAGACCCAGGCUGCAGUGGCACAGAAGAAGAAGAGUGCCGAGAACAGAAAGAUCAUCUUCAAGAGGGCCGAACAAUACUCCAAGGAGUACAAGGACGGGGAGAGGGAGUUGAUCAGGUUGAAGAGAGAGGCCAAACUCAAGGGUGGUUUCUAUGUCAGCCCAGAGGCCAAGCUGUUGUUCAUUGUCCGCAUUCGUGGUAUUAAUGCCAUGGACCCAAAGACUAGAAAGAUCUUGCAGCUGUUCCGUCUUAGACAGAUCUUCAAUGGUGUGUUCCUCAAGGUCAACAAGGCUACAGUCAACAUGCUACGGAGAGUGGAGCCAUAUGUGACUUAUGGGUACCCUAAUCUUAAAUCCGUCAAGGAGUUGAUAUACAAGAGGGGUUUUGGCAAGCUUGACAAGCAGAGAAUUCCUUUGACCGACAAUGCCAUUGUUGAGCAGCAGGGUCUCGGAAAGUUCGGCAUCAUCUGUGUUGAAGAUCUCAUUCACGAGAUCAUGACUGUUGGCCCUCAUUUCAAGGAGGCCAACAACUUCCUAUGGCCAUUCAAGCUGAGCGCGCCAUUGGGUGGCCUGAAGAAGAAGAGGAACCACUAUGUGGAAGGUGGUGAUGCUGGAAACCGUGAGGAUUAUAUCAAUGAGCUCAUCAGGAGGAUGAACUAGACGUUUCCUUUUUCUUUUUUUCAAGCUUUAGAGGCUGCACAACUUUUGCUACUGGGAUACUAUGUUAUCAGGCAUUUUUGGAUGGUUGGGAAUUUAGUCUCUAUAUCUAGCCGUGCUUGCAUGUUGGUGUUUUCUGGUCGUGUUCUGAACAUCUAUAUUUGUAGUUGCAAGAGGAAUGUUUUGUGGAAGUUUUGGUUGAAUUAAAUCACCGUUCUUGGGUAUCAUAUCAGCUCUUCUGUUCAAGCUUUGCUUGUUUGCUUUUGAAAUGUGGAAGGCUGAUCUGGGGUUCGGAUCUGCCCG